AUGAUAUAUAUUUUAUCUAUUGUAUUUUAUAUAUUUUUUUUACAUAUUGAUAUAUAUGUAAACAUUUAUUCUACAUGUUUUGUUGUAAAUGAGGGGAACCCUAAUUUAAGAAAUAACAUAAUUAAUGAUGAUGAACUAAAGGGGAAAGCAUAUAAUAAUACUAUAGAUGCUAAUAACCAAAAUAUAGAAUAUAAUAAAAACUUAAAGCACAAUGUAAACUCAUCUCAUAUAUCUAAAUUUUCGGAUAUUAUGGAUCAAGAAGAUAAAGGAGAUAAUGAAAAUUCUCAUGACAUAAAAUUUGAAGAAAAAAAAAAUAUUAAUAAAUCUUUAGACGCUGAAUCCAAUUAUGGUAUUAAUGAAAUUAGUAUUACUGGUAAUGAUAGUAAUAGUGAUAAUAGUAAUCAGAAUAUUUUUCCAGAUGGUAGUGAAUUAGCUGGAGGUAUUCCUCGUUCUAUAUAUACUAUUAACCUUGGUUUUAAUAAAUGUCCUACUGAAGAGAUUUGUAAAGACUUUAGUAAUCUUCCACAAUGUCGAAAGAAUGUACAUGAAAGAAAUAAUUGGUUGGGCUCAAGUGUAAAAAAUUUUUCAAGUGAUAAUAAGGGGGUUCUUGUUCCUCCAAGAAGACAAUCUUUAUGUUUAAGAAUUACAUUACAAGAUUUUCGUACGAAAAAGAAAAAGGAAGGAGAUUUUGAAAAAUUUAUUUAUUCAUAUGCAUCAUCUGAAGCUAGAAAAUUAAGAACCAUACACAAUAAUAACUUAGAAAAAGCUCAUCAAGCUAUAAGAUAUAGUUUUGCAGAUAUUGGAAAUAUUAUUAGAGGAGAUGACAUGAUGGAUACACCUACGUCAAAAGAAACCAUAACAUAUUUAGAAAAAGUACUUAAAAUUUAUAAUGAAAAUAAUGAUAAACCAAAAGAUGCAAAAAAAUGGUGGACAGAAAACAGGCAUCAUGUUUGGGAAGCAAUGAUGUGCGGAUAUCAGAGUGCGCAGAAAGAUAACCAAUGUACAGGUUAUGGUAACAUUGAUGAUAUACCACAAUUUUUAAGGUGGUUCAGAGAGUGGGGAACAUAUGUCUGUGAAGAAAGCGAAAAAAAUAUGAACACACUAAAAGCUGUUUGCUUUCCGAAACAGCCAAGAACCGAAGCGAAUCCUGCAUUGACUGUACAUGAAAAUGAAAUGUGCUCAUCAACUUUAAAAAAAUAUGAAGAAUGGUAUAAUAAAAGGAAAACUGAAUGGACUGAACAAUCUAUUAAAUAUAACAAUGACAAAAUUAAUUAUACAGAUAUAAAAACAUUAUCUCCUUCUGAAUAUUUAAUAGAAAAAUGUCCUGAAUGUAAAUGUACCAAAAAAAAUUUGCAAGAUGUAUUUGAACUUACAUUUGAUGGAAAAGCUUUAUUAGAAAAGCUAAAAAAAGAAGAAUCACCUGUGAGUAAUAGUGUGAAUGCCUUACCUGAACCAGGUCAAAUUACAUUACCUGAUCCUUCAUUAAAACAAACAACACAACAGGAAAAUCAACCUGUUGUAGAAACACCUGUUACCACAGCUGUUAUUAAUGAACAUCAAGGACAAACAGAACCGAAUAAAGGUGACAACAAUAAUGAAAGAGAAAAUCAUGAAAGUAAUGUUGGUAGCAUCCAAGAAGUAAACCAAGGUAGCGUGAGCGAAGAAUCACAUUCUAAAACUAUAGAUCCUUCUAAGAUUGACGACCGUUUGGAAUUAAGUAGUGGGUCAUCAUCUCUUGAACAACACUCUAAGGAAGAUGUAAAAAAGGGAUGUGCUUUAGAAUUGGUACCUUUAUCUUUAUCGGAUAUUGAACAGAUAGCUAAUGAAAGCGAAGAUGUACUGGAAGAGAUAGAAGAAGAAAUUAAUACAGAUGGGGAAAUAGAAUAUAUAACAGAAGAAGAAAUAAAAGAAGAUAUAGAAGAAGAAACAGAAGAAGAUAUAGAAGAAGAAACAGAAGAAGAAACAGAAGAAGAAACAGAAGAAGAAGCAGAUGAAGAAACAGUAAAAGAAAUAGAAGACAAACCAGAACAAGAAAUUAAAAAUAAAUCGCUAGAAGAAAAACAAAUAGAUAAAAAUACAGAUACCAGUGAAAAGAAAGGAUUUAAUAAUUCAGAAAAAGAUGAAAAAGCUCGAAAUUUAAUUUCUAAAAAUUAUAAAAAUUAUAAUGAACUAGAUAAAAACGUUCAUACUUUAGUAAAUUCAAUUAUUAGUUUAUUAGAAGAAGGUAAUGGAAGUGAUUCUACCUUGAAUAGUUUAUCAAAAGAUAUUACAAAUUUAUUUAAAAAUUAA